GAGGGGACUGCGAGGCCAUCAUUUGCGAGGUUCAUUUUAGAACACCAGAAACAGUACCAGCUCGAAGACAAGCAACUGGGAUACAUUGCGGGAGGAAUGUUUGCCGCCGGUUCUGAUACGACUGCAUCCGCAAUCACAAUCAUGAUGAUGGCCGCUACCAUUUACACAGAUGCACAGGCUCGUGUACAAGAGGAACUUGAUGACGUUGUGGGGCAUACACAGUUACCGACAUUUGCUGAUCAGGAAAUGCUGCCGCAAGUUACCGUGUUCAUGCUUGAGAGUUUCAGGUGGAGACCUGACAUAAUUUGGAAUAACUACCUCAUUCCUGCAGGUGCGACUGUUAUUGGCAACCAUUGGGCUAUCACAAAUGAUCCCAAGGUCUUCCCAGAACCACACAAGUUUAAUCCU